UCUACUACAUCGCUCGCCUUCUCCCGGUUUCGACCAAAACCAUGGCCUUCGUGACCGAACCCUUGCGAUACAGUCGCAAUUAGAGCUAAGGCAACUGUUCCCACCUUUCUUCUUCUUCCGCACCGCUUCUAACCGAAACUAUGGAGGCAGAUGUAGGAAGUGGAUUGUCUGGCAGGAUUUAGGUCAAAUCAAGGUUAGAUCCUGCUCUAACAAAUGCCACGAUUUACUGAAUGCGGGAGUUAAGGCAACAAGGAGGCCAAACGGGAUUUAAGUUUCUGCAGGAUAAAAAAUGGCCGUUUUCAGCUUAAAUAUCGCAUAAAUCUUGCGUAUGCGUGCAUCAGUCGUCGCCUUUCACUCGGUGGUGGCCACCGAUACAUCAUACACCAAUUGAUCGUUGAUUUGAAUCCUCCACCUCCAGCUUCUCAGGCCUCCUUCCUAUCGCCGGAUUGAGUGAGUCCUCCACUCUGCGACUGUCAUGGGAGAAGGUUCAAAGCAUUGCCUGGAUGAGUGGCCUGUGCUUACGGCCGGACACCACGAUUCUUUUUCUUCCUCUGAUAUAAAAGCGAAGGCUGCUUCGAAGUGGGAUCUGAUACGUCCCUUCUUUUUGAUUCUCACCCUGCAUUCCUUGGCCAUCUACCUCUUUACUCGCGGCUUUCUCCUAACCCGAACCGAGCUCUCUUCAUUCAGCCAUUGCUCUGAUCAGUUCGAAUCACCGUGUUCCAUUCACUUUCCUAUAAACGAUUCAUCAUUUUCCGGUGAUCGUCCACUCAAUGCUAGCGACAACAGUCAAUGCUGGACGAGGCCCGCCGUGGACCGACUCGUCAUCAUCGUCCUUGACGCCCUAAGGUUCGAUUUCGUGGCGCCGAGUAUUUUCUUUGAAGAGAAGAAGCCAUGGAUGGACAAGCUAGAGGUGCUGCAAAAGCUGGCAUCAGAUGAGGCCAUGAAAGCAAGGAUUUUUAAGGCAAUUGCUGAUCCGCCAACUACAAGUUUGCAACGCCUCAAGGGACUAACAACUGGCGGACUUCCAACUUUUAUUGAUGUCGGCAAUAGUUUUGGAGCUCCUGCAAUUGUAGAAGAUAAUUUGAUAUUUCAGUUAGCUAACAAUGGAAAAAGAGUGCUGAUGAUGGGGGAUGAUACGUGGGUGCAGUUAUUUCCUCAUCAUUUCAAUGAGUCAUAUCCUUAUCCUUCAUUUAAUGUUAAAGAUCUUGAUACGGUAGAUGAUGGUGUCAUCAAACACUUGCUGCCUUCAUUGCUUAAUGAUAAUUGGGAUGUUCUUAUUGCGCACUUUCUAGGCAUGGAUCAUGCAGGACAUAUUUAUGGUGUUGAUUCAACUCCGAUGAUACAAAAGUUGGAACAAUAUAACACUAUUUUAGAGGAAGUUGUUGAGGUUUUGAAGAACCAGUCUGGACCUGGCGGUCUUCAUGAGAAUACUCUCUUUAUUGUGAUGGGGGACCACGGCCAAACUUUAAAUGGGGAUCAUGGUGGUGGCACUGCUGAAGAGGUUGAAACUUCACUUUUUGCUCUGAGCUUAAGUAAUUCUUCUGCUCCAGUUGCUUCUGUUCUUGAUAACAACUAUUGCCAUCUUGAUUUGGAUGGAAAUAAAAUUUGCAUUGGCACCUUCCAGCAGUUGGAUUUUUCAGUUACAAUGGCCUCACUCCUUGGUAUUCCUUUUCCUUUUGGAAGCAUUGGGCGAGUUAAUCUGGAGCUUUAUGCUUUAAUUCGCCGUACGUGGGAAACAUGUAUCAAAGGAGAUGAAAAAUUUGGAUCUCAUUCACAAUUGGAGUCAUGGAUGCUAAACUAUGUCAAUAAUCUUUGCGUAAACUCUUGGCAGGUGAAAAGAUAUAUAGAUUUAUAUUCCAUAACAUCUGUCAUUGGACUUCCUGCAGAAGAUCUGCGUUAUAUAAAUUCUUUAUAUAGUCAAGCUCAAGGGAGCUGGUUAGAUAUUAUGAAGUUGGCAUUCUCCUUUGAAAAUGGAACCCAUAUCAGCAUAAAGGAUGGUGCUGCAUCCGUUCUUCAAAGACAAAUUGAUGCAUAUUCGAGAUUUUUGGAAGCUGUUGCAGAGCUUGCACGCUCUGCAUGGACUGAAUUCAAUUUGACGCUGAUGGGUUUUGGUCUUUCCAUGAUGCUAACAUCCAUUUUUAUUCAUCUUUUUUUCAUCGGAAGGGUCAAUGCCAUAUCCAAAUCAUAUUAUCCAUUUCCAGGCAGUUCUACCGUCUCUUUCACGUUAAUAACUGUUAUAGCUUUUGUGGCAAUACGUGCGGUCAGUUUCCUUUCUAACAGUUAUAUAUUGGCAGAAGGCCGUGUGGCUAGUUUUCUCUUAGGUACAAGUGGCAUUCUUAACCUAUGGUUAUCAUUUGAUACUGGUGAAGUUGCCGCAGAAAACUACUUGUUUCUAGUUCUGAACAUCUUGAUCAGAUUCGGCAUAGAGUCAGGAAUGUCUAAGGAAACUCUUGGUUCUAGUUUUUCAAUUGUUCGUUCUUUUGCCAGCAAUGGGAUCGAGAAGGGGUGGUCAUUAUUGAUCAGUCUGCUGGAACUCUUACCAAUUGUUGUUUUGUGGAUAUUGGUGAUCUUUCUGUAUAUUAUUACUUUUCGAAAAUCUACUUCGAAAAUAUUAAAACUUUUUUUUACCAUGGGAAAUAUUCUAAGCUGCAUGCUCAUGUCAGUGCAUUGGAUCCUGGAAAGCAACAUGAUUGCUGCUUCUGCAGAGCUUGUGAAUUUUGCGAAAAUAUUUGCACCCCGCAUCAUUUAUUCCAUUGGACUUCUUCUUUUUGUAAUAUUAGCAUUUUCACUGACUGGAAAUAAGAAAGAUAUGAUUUUGGCUUCAAAUCCAACCGAGGCAUUAGCAAUUGUAGCCACCGGCAUGCUUUCUGCUUGGAGCUCAACUAUUUUAGUUUUGUUAGGAAGGCAAGGUCCUUAUGUUGCUUUAAUCUUCAUACUUGGAGCUUGGUGUAUAACAAGGUUGAAGAGGGCCGCAGAAGUAGAUGAUGAAAGUGCUACUGCUACAGGAUUCAUUGCUGAUCCUACGCCAGUUUUACAGUGGAGCCUCCUAGCAGGUUGUUUGUUCUUUUACACUGGUCACUGGUGUAGCUUUGAUGGCCUCCGGUAUGCUGCAGCAUUUAUCGGGUUUGAACAUUUCAAUAUAGUUCAGCAAGGCAUUCUACUUACAAUUGAUACGUUUGGUGUCUCCCACAUCAUUCCUGUCUUAUCCCUUCCCUUUCUCGUUAUUUCCAAGCACCAGAUUUAUAAGAAAAAGCAACCAGCGGGUCUUCUUUUCAUCUACCUUACACAGGCGUUCUUGAUGUAUGGGCUUAUUACCGCAGUCACAACUGCACUAACAAUAAUAUGCGUCACAAUUCAAAGGCGCCAUUUAAUGGUUUGGGGUUUAUUUGCGCCGAAAUAUGUUUUUGAUGCGCUUGGACUGCUACUUACUGAUGCCCUCAUAUGUGUGGGAUCUCUCUUCUAUUAUUGACGUCUGCAGUUUGAUAAACGAAUGGAAGCUGAAACCUCAUCUUCAAUCUUGGCGUUUUUUACCGUUACUAGAUGUGCUAUCAAGCAGCGAAAGAUCAAAUCAAUGAGGCCCUUUUUCUAAUUGUUGAUGUCUUGCUGAGUUGGAAACAGAUGAAAUUUCAUCUUUUUUUUUGUUUUUUUCUUUUUCUUUUUCGCAAUAAAC